CAUGCACCAGGAUUGUGGCUAACACCUUGCUUGCUGCAGAAAGCCUGUGCCUAAACAGCAGUGCUAUGGAUACAAGCAGUGUGACUGAACUCACAAUGGAACCUCCGAAAUACAGUGUCAUGGAGAAUACAUCCUCAAGAAAGAAAACCACUUGUAUAGCUGGGACUGUUACUGCUAUUGUUGUCACUGCACUGAUUGCAGUUUUACUUGGAGUCUUCCUCACACAGAAACACUAUGAAACAAUCCUGCAGACAAUAAUGAAAGGACAAAAUGGAAAAGAUCAAAGCCUUGUUGCAACAGUCAACAACAGGGAGAAUGUUGUUACAUUUUAUGUCUCCGAAGGGAAUGUUUCAGCUACACUGGUUUAUGACUAUGCCCAUUCUGUUAUUGGUUACAAAGCUACAGAUAAAAAUGUUUGCUUCAUUUCUAAGAUGGACAAAGAAAGGUUUCCUAGCCUGAAUGAAAUUCUUGACAAGAUGAAGAACCCAGUGGGUACAGAAGAGGAAACACAACAAUUAGUUAUAAUUCCAACACAGCUAAAGGUGGUGGAUCGCACUGUACUGGGUCAGACUAUUAACAUUCUGUGCAAUGAAGUGAAUAUUUAUUGGGCUCAAGAAACAAGAGAUGUUGCCCGUGUGGAUGUUCAUUUCGAAGUAUGCUGGAAAACUACAAAUUUAUCAGUCUGCCUUGCAGUGACCAUUAAAUAAAAAGACCACAAUAAUACUGCUUUGUUAAUUUCUAUAUGUAUGUAUAGGUGAUCAUUUAAAAUAAUUUGAUUGCAUCUCUGUAGUUAUUAUGAACAAAGUAUCUGUUAAACACAACAUGCACACACACACGUGCACACGCACACACAAACGCACACACACACACACACACACACACACACACA